AUGGAAAUAAAUUUAUUUAGCUAUAUACUUUUAUUUCACAUAUACGUUAUUUCUUCAACAUGCUACAAAUUUAAAAAUUUUUUGUCUGAUUCUUUUCUCAAGUUAAAUAACAUAAAGCAGCAUAGAAAUAUUUUGAAAUAUCACAAGUCAAUAAAUCCUUUUUCAAAAAGUUGGUAUUUAAAAUUUUAUUCAGAUACUACUCUUAGUAAAAAUGAAGAGAAAAAAAAAUUAUAUAUUUUAAUUACUUCUCCAGAAGCAGCCAGAAUAUAUAGAUUCUUAGUAAUAUUACUUAUAAAUAAUUUAAAAGGAGAAAAAAAUUAUGAGAGUUUUGAAACUCUAAUGGACAAUAAUAAAUAUGUGCUUGAAAUAUUAAAACUUCCAAUAAUAUCUAUUGGUGAAUCAUGUAAUAAUAUUUUAAACAAUGAAUUUAAAAAAUCUGAUUUUUUUAAUAUUUAUAAGAAUCUUUCCGUAGAAAGCAAAGUAGAAUUAGAAGUAGACAAUGACAUAUUCAACAAAAUUAAUAAUAAUAUAGGUAAACUAAAUAUUGUUUUUUAUCCAAGUAAGUCUAAUUCAACAACACUAAAAAAAGAAUUAAUCUACAAUUUUUUUAAUAACACCAAAGUUAUUAACGCUAAUUUAGUAUGGGUUGCAUCGGCUAUUAGUUUUUCCAGUUUUAACGAACUGAAUUUACUUAAUAAGAAAAAAAAUAAUCAAGAAAAAAAAAAUAUAAACGUGAUCAAAAUAGAUUGCUAUGAUACAAAAAAAGUUAUAUAUAAAAAGGAAAAUAAUAUAAAUAAAAAUUCUAUAAUAUGUCUGAUGAGUAAUAGUACAGUACUAUCAUUUUAUGAAAAUUUUGGUAACGAUUUUGACUAUGUUGUAUGUAUGGGAGUAAGUUGCUACAACCUUUUAAAAAAAUUAAAUUAUAAAAAUGUUUAUUUUCCUGAAGAUUCUAAAAUCCAAUCUUUUUUGAACAUUUUGAUCAAUUUAUACAAUAAAUUAAAAAAUAAUUAUAAAAAAGAAUUCCAUGUUAUUUUAACUAGAGAAAAAGACAAAAAUGAAGAAUUAAAGAAAAUUUUAUCAGAACUAAAAAUCCCUUUUGAAAUAAUACCAUGUACAAAGACAGAAUAUAAUUUUGAGAAUAUUAAAAAUGUGUAUUCUUUAAUCUACUCAUAUAUCAAAAGUAAAAUUUAA